ACAUCUGUUUUUGGAUAACAUGCAGGAUGUGCUUGCUCGUGCUCGCGUAGAGCCCUUGGCGGGUUUCGGCUAGAAAUAUACAGGAUAGUUCAGGCAGUUAAGGUUGACAAAAACAGCCUCUGUUUAAAAGAAUUACACAGUCAAUCUUCUACAUGUAUUUCUUCAAUGAUGCAUGUGGACUUCCAGCUGAUGCAACAUGGUAUCGAAGGGCAUGCGGCAAUUUGUCAUCUUCACAUUUGUUGUGGGGUCAUUUCUUCUUGCCUUCAUAACAAUAAUGCAAUUUUCAACAACCGUUAACCAACACACCGAGCCUUUCCCUCUAAACCACAUUCCACCAUCAAGACUAUUUAUGGAUAUAGCAAGACCUAAGGCCUCGUGGAAAGAACGGACAAAUGUAUCUGUAAAUCCCUUUUGCCCUAAUCUUUCAGCAAGGCGAAGACGAAGAUAUUAUACUUACGAGGACAGCAUACCAAGUCAAAUCUCCUGGACAAGUUUGCUCAACAUGACUAAUCCAAAUUUCACAUCAUUUCACAUCACCAAAACAAAUCGGAACAAUGCUUCUAAGUAUUUCGUCUGCGAUGAACUGCGGUUGAUCAUUCAAGCCCGGAAUGGGCUAAACGAGAGCAAGGCUUACGGAGGAGACUAUUUCCGCACCAAAAUAUAUACCAAAAAUUCAACUUUCCAGGCAAGCUCGAUGUCAGACGGCGAAGUUGUCGACCAUGGGAACGGGACGUACAGCGCCCUCUUUACCUUGAAGUGGGCAGGUUUGGUUAACAUUCAGGUUACAUUAGUUCAUACAAGUGAAGCCAAUUACGUGUUAAGAAGACUUCAGAAAGAAGAAGUGACCAGAAGUCACCAUAAAGGGCGAUUUUAUUCUAAAGAUCCGAAGAAAGCCGAGGAAACAUUUUGCAAUAUGGACCUAAAAGUGUUAAACGAAACUGUCGGAAAGACCGAAAGCUGUAACUUUACCGACACAAGUACCGGGUCCCCUUGGUUUUGCGUGAAACCACAGAAUUUCACCUGCAACGAUUGGGUUGAGCAUCACAAUGUACAGUAUAAACCAGUCAUAUCGGACAACGAAAAGCUUCCUUUUACCUGGAACAACCGAAAAAUAUCUGGAUCUGAAAACAGGAUUGUAGUCCAUCGUACAGUUGGUAACGAGUCCAUUGUACACAGUGGGGCUCUGGAUCACCUUCCAGCUUGCUUGCCACAGAUUCAAUUUGGAGCACCAGAAGUUGCUGGCUUUUACUGGGGAAAGAAUUGGCUCUCAGCAGAUUGCGGAAUACAAAUAUUCCAUCAAUCGCAAGCAAUCUCGCUCUUGAAAAAUAAAACCAUAUAUUUUUUAGGGGAUUCUACCAUCCGGCAGCUAUUUGAAUUUUACGUAAAGCUCUUCAAAUUGAAAACGGUUCCAAUCUCCAAGGACCCGUCGUGGUUCGUUGGACCGACAAUCGCCAAAGACAGCAAAAACAACAUUAAUUUCCACUUUCAAUUUCACGGGCAUCCAAUCGGGAGAUCAAAGUGGGCGAAUGUUUCAACCACAGAGUAUAUAGCAAAUUUUAUUGAUCGUGUCAAAGGAGGGGAGAGCACUAUUUUUGUUUUGACGUUGUGGGCGCACUUUGCUGCAUUCCCUCCUUGGUUCUACGAAACUCGUGUGGACGAUGUGUUGAUGUCUCUAAGACGCCUUCAGAAGCGUAGUCCAAAAACGUUGGUCAUCUGGAAAAGCGCAAACACAAGAGAACAUGACGGAUUGGAUCAUUUUCUUAAAAACAGUGACUGGACUGCGAGGGACCUCGAUAGAAGGAUGAGAAAUAAAGUUUUUGCUCUUGAAAAUCUCGGGUUUAUGGAUGCCUGGGACAUGACAAAUGCACAGUUCGAAAAAGAUGCCGUACAUCCUACGGGUUCACACGUUGAAAAUCUCAGCAAUAAACUAUUAACAUACAUUUUAAAUCAUAAAAACGAGGAAUGAUAGUUUGCACACCUACCUUGCCAUUUAUCAAAUAAAAAAUAACAAUUAGCAGGGUUCAAAAGAUGACAUCGGUUGAAAUAUCAUGUCUUUCAAUUUAUUUUUAACGUUGGAUGUUUGUGUACUAAUUAUUCACCUUGCCAUUAAAUUAAUUAAAUUAAAUUAAAUUAAAUUGAUAAAUUAACAUUG